AGGGUCUUUGAGGACCCAAGAUAAGCCUUUAGUUUCAACCAUGGCUGCUCGGGCUGGGUGACCCAUUCCAUGGCACCCCUUGACAUCCUUCGAACAAAAUUAAUUACUAAAAAUAAAAUAACAGUGUAAGUAACUGGCAAAUCCAAGAGUCCAUGGAUGCUUUGUGGUUUGUAACUGCUUGGAUCGGAUAGACUAAUCCACAGAAGGAGUGAAUAGAAGUCCCCUUCGAGCUUGGAGCCGGCUGGUGUAACCAGAUCACGCUGUUAGGCUUCUCUCCGGAGGUCGCAAGAGGAGAGAUGGGGAUCGCGAGGAGUUCUGCUUCUCUUCUUUUGGCCUUCCUCUUCUCUCUUCUUCUCCAAAGACCCACCUUUGCUGCCAAAAAGUCUUAUGUUGUGUACCUUGGCGGCCAUUCUCACAACGGCGAAGAGGCCUCUUUGCAUGUCUCCAAGCGAGUGAGAGACUCUCACCAUGAGCUCUUGGCAUCAGUCUUGGGGAAUAAGGAGAAGGCCCAAGAUGCUUUGUUUUACUCCUACACACGGUAUAUCAAUGGUUUCGCAGCGAAUCUUGAAGAAGAAGAGGCAAUGGAGAUCUUAAAGUAUCCUGGAGUUCUCUCUGUGUUUCCAAACAGAGGGUACAAACUUCACACAACUUGGUCAUGGGAUUUUCUAGGCCUCGAGAGGGAAGGCAGAGUUCCAAAGGAAUCGUUAUGGACGAAGGCAAGAUUUGGCGAGGACAUCAUCAUUGGGAACCUCGACACCGGCGUGUGGCCAGAGUCCGAGAGCUUCAAGGAUGAUGGCAUGGGGCCAGUUCCAUCCAAGUGGAAGGGAAUCUGCCAGAUUGGAGAAGAUAAGAGCUUUUCAUGCAACAGGAAGCUGAUUGGUGCACGGUACUACAACGAAGGCUACGCAGCCGCGGCCGGCCCGCUCAACGCCACCUUCGAAACGCCGCGGGACAAAGACGGUCAUGGGACCCACACCCUCUCGACCGCCGGCGGUGGGUUCGUGCCCGGCGCCAACAUCUUUGGCUACGGCAACGGCACGGCCAAAGGCGGCUCCCCGCGGGCCCGCGUCGCGGCCUACAAGGUCUGCUGGCCGCCCAUCAAUGGGAGUGAGUGCUUCGACGCCGACAUCAUCGCCGCCGUCGAUGCAGCGAUACACGAUGGGGUGGACGUGCUCUCGGUGUCCCUCGGCGGGCAUUCCCCCAGCUACUUUCUCAACGGCAUAGCGAUCGGGUCGUUCCAUGCCGUCAAGAAUGGGAUCACUGUGGUCUGCUCGGCCGGCAACUCCGGCCCGCGCCGAGGUUCCGUCUCCAACACCGCACCAUGGAUAAUUACAGUAGCCGCUAGCACCAUGGACAGGGAGUUUCCAGCCUACGUCAACUUCAACAACAAAAGCAUUAAGGGGGAGAGCCUUUCUCAAAAAGGCCUGCCAGGAAACGAGCUCUAUCCAAUGAUAAGCUCCAAAGAAGCCAGAGCUUCAAAUGCCUCCGCGCAUGAUGCUGAGUUGUGUUACCUGGGUUCGCUCGAUCCUGAAAAGGUUAGGGGGAAGAUAGUCGUCUGUCUCAAUGGAAUUACUGCAAGAGUGGAGAAGGGUGAAGCCGUUCUGCAGGCUGGCGGCAGCGGGAUGGUCCUCGUCAAUGAUCAGAGCUCCGUAAAUGAAAUCAUAGCCGAUGCUCACGUCCUCCCAGCAACCCAUAUCUCUUAUAAUGAUGGCUUUUCUCUCUUCUCAUACCUCGAGUCCACCAAGUCACCACUUGGUUACAUUACAACCCCAAUAACACAGCUCGACACGAAACCAGCACCAUUAAUGGCAGCUUUCUCAUCUCAGGGGCCAAACACUAUCAAUGCUGAAAUCCUAAAGCCUGAUAUCACUGCACCAGGGGUUAGUGUUCUUGCUGCCUUCACAGGAGCUGCUGGACCAACUGGCCUAGCUUUCGAUACCCGACGUGUUGCCUUCAACUUACUUUAUGGCACUUCCAUGUCAUGUCCUCAUAUAUCUGGUGUCGUGGGCCUCCUCAAGAGUCUCCACCCAGAUUGGAGUCCUUCAGCUAUAAAAUCAGCAAUCAUGACCACUGCAACAACUCAGGACAACAUGGACGAGCCUGUGUUAAAUUCAUCCUAUGUUAAGGCUACACCAUUUAGCUAUGGAUCUGGUCAUGUGCAACCAAACCGUGCCAUGGAUCCUGGCUUGGUCUAUGAUUUAACAACAAAUGAUUAUUUGAACUUCUUAUGUGCUCUAGGCUACACCUCCACCCAGAUAGCAUUAAUCAGCAAUGACUCCUUCUUAUGCCCCUCUAAACCCCCAAAGCUUGAAGAUUUGAACUACCCUUCAAUCACCAUCCCUGAUCUCUCUGGCUCCAUCACUGUGACCCGCGCAAUGAAGAAUGUCGGAUCGCCAGGCACAUACAUCGUCCGUGUCAGAGAACCAAUAGGUAUUUCAGUGUCCGUGAAUCCAACAAGCUUAACAUAUGACAAGAUAGGGGAAGAGAAAAAGUUUGAGGUUACUUUGAAGGAAGGUCAUGCACCUACGGUUUAUGUUUUUGGAGAACUAAUAUGGUCUGAUGGGAAGCACUACGUGCAAACUCCUUUAGUAGUGAGUGCUGCAGGAUUGGAGCCUUAGCCAAGGAGCUGAAAAGUUUUUUAUAUUUUUUUAAAAAAAUUGUGAGCAGUUGUAGAAGCAAACUGGUGGUUUGAUUCAUUGGAAGAUGAAGUUAUUGGAUAGAGAUUGCUAUUUGUAUCAUUUGGAUCAAUUAAAGCAAUUAGAAAAUUGCUUCAGAACUAGUUCUCUGUAUUUCUUCAUCCUUCUCUUUCCUCUUAUUUUGUAGCUCAAAGGAUCAGACGGUCAGUAUCACUGAAAUUUUCUGAAA